UGUUAGUAUUGUUUUUGGUUGUGAUUCACCAUCAAUUCAUCAAUCCAUCACACCCGGGCACCCGGUCACUCCCCCCUUUCGUCCGCCUCAUCGUCACCCGUGUCCUACCCGUUUUUUCACUUUUUUACCAGGGUGAAACUUGAUGGUCCACACACCCUAAUCCUCGAUACCUUCCCAUUUUUCUACGCCCAGCCUUGACCCGAUUGGUGAUCGUGUGGUUCUUAUUUCAAUAAAGAACAUCAUCCUACCCUCCCUAAAUUUGAACGUCGAACUUCAUCUUAUCCUAUCGUCACUUUUCCUCUUACACCGCCCACCACACCUCCCCCGACGGGUACAAAUACUCCUCCUUGGUUUACCUCGCCCAAUCUCUCUCCUACCAAGGUGUCCGGCAACAUGUCGAAUCAACUCACCAUCAAUACCGAGUCGCAUAGACGUUGGUCUGGCUCUUCAGCUGGUAACUCACCCGUCACUCCCUCGUCACCUCUCGCCCUACCCCCACUCUCCGCAUCCGACGAUGAAGACGAGGAAGAUUCUCCCGCUAGCAGCGCUGCGGUUCAGACGCCCACCACUAGUCCUCCUCCAUUUCAUCUCAUCCUUCAAGCUCCAAAGUCAGAUCACUCGGUCUUGUCAUCCAUGGCUCAAUUGCCCACCCCAGAGAGUACAUCCGACGAGUUCAUGCGUCCUUCUUUCCCUCUUCUACCCCCUCAUCAUCCUCUUCGUAAGAAGAUGUAUGCGGCGUAUGAGACCGAAGGGCCGAGUCCUCCUCAUACCCCAAAGGGGCAUCCCAUCAAUAACCCCCUCACUGGACUAAACGCUAUCAACGCUUUCUCUUCUUCCUUUACCUCCAAAAAAUACUAUCCUAUCACUAAUCCCUACGGUAAACAGUCAUACACUACCACCCUAUCCUACAUGCUUCGAGUACCUCGUCGAUUGCGUCCAGCAUUGAUCCUUGGAUUCUGUUUCCUCACCUUUGCGCUAGUCUACCUUACUCGUGCCAUGUCCGAAGCUUCCCGUAUGGAUCUGUUCAUUCAGCAGCAAAAAAUGGCUCUCACUCGACGUUUUGCCGACGACGGUCUGAUAGACAUCAACCAAUCUGGCAAGCAGAUCGUAUUCGAAGAGCAAACCAGCACCAGGUAUACGUCUUCCGGUGAACCUCUCAAGUUCAGUGACGAACGUGAAGAACUCCUUUCCCUCAUCGGCUUUGUUACUUCCACCACUGCCAACGCUCUGCCCCCUCUUGACCCUUCGGUACCUCUCGAUCCGUCCGUCGUUCUUGACUUUGAUCCAUUGCACCCUCAGGCAAAGGAAGAUCUCGAAUUGCUGGUCAACGAGAUCAACGCCAUUUAUCCUAUCGUUCUUUUUGGAAAAAUGCGUGAUCCUUGGCAUCGUGAGAUCAAAAAGAUGCUCUCGGAAUUUAAAAUCACCCCCGCUCCUCUUAUAGUCGAUGUUGACCAACGUCGCGAUCAUCUCCUCUUUGUCCCGCUUCUCGCCCGGUUGCUCGGAACCAACGAACUCCCCCAAUUGGUCUUGCAGGGCAAGACUCUCGGAUCAUAUCACGAGAUCCUCGAGCUGCGGGAUAGCGGAAAGUUCCGUAGCGUGCUCGAGGAGAGCGGCGCCGUGUCGAUCCGUGAUGCCAAGCCGAAGAAAAAGGGUGUGAAGGAACGUGAGAGGAUUGAGAAUGAACGUAUCUUGGGGCCGGCGCCUAUCGUCGAUGGGGUAUAGUUGGGAUGAAUGGGUGGAUGGAUGGCCGGUCAGACAGGGUGAUUCGAUCAUCAUGACAGGGCAGGAGUUUAUAGUAACAUUCAUUGGUUAGACAAUUGGAAGUUUGGGAUCUAGACAUAUCAAAGAUGCUGAUUUGAGACUGAGAUGGAGAGAGGGGUGGAGGGAAUGGUGCAGCGUGCAGUGUGCAGUGCUAUUACUUUAUACCGUCGGUAGAUAAUCUAGAUAGCAUCUUGCUCAUAUUUCCCAUGUAUGUUCAGUGGUCAUCUAG